UAAUAGUGACCACUCGUUCGUUGUAUGACUUGAUCGGUUACGGGCUACACGGCGCCAGUAGCGUUGAGCCGUUGAAGUUCAUGGCGGCGACUGCGGCCGCGGGGUCUAUUGCAGCUAUCUGUCCGCCUCCCAAGUCCUCUUUACGAAAGCCUCCUUCGUCUUCAAAACCAACGCGCGGACAAAGGCAAAUCGCCAUACCCGGAUUUUCUAUUGGAUUACCAGGCGGAGAGCCCUGUGUUCCGGUGUCAAGUUCAGUGCCUGGUAAAAGUGGAAGUAUGGAUUACUGUCGGAAUCCGCCACCCACUGGUCGGAGAGAGCUGAUAUGGUUGUCUACUGGACUGUUAGCGGCUGUUUGCUCUGCUGGAAGCAAUGUAGCUGCAUUGGCAACUCAAUUCGCUGACAUGCCAGCAUUGCGGGGAAAGGACUAUGGGAAGUCAAAGAUGCGUUUCCCUGACUAUACUGAAACAAGUUCAGGUCUCCAAUACAAGGAUUUCAAAGUAGGAAGUGGCCCCAACCCUAAGAUGGGAGAUACAGUGGUGGUUGACUGGGAUGGUUAUACUAUAGGAUAUUAUGGUCGCAUAUUUGAAGCUCGUAACAAGACAAAAGGUGGAUCCUUUGAGGGGGAUGAUAAAGAUUUCUACAAAUUUAUUUUAGGAUCAGGCCAAGUUAUUCCUGCAUUUGAAGAAGCCAUUUCUGGCAUGGCUGUGGGUGGCAUCAGAAGGAUCAUAGUUCCCCCUGAGUUGGGAUAUCCAGAUAAUGACUACAACAAGAAAGGUCCAAGUCCAAUGACAUUUUCGGGCCAAAGAGCCUUGGAUUUUGUGUUGAGAAACCAGGGUCUAAUUGACAAGACAUUGUUGUUUGAUAUUGAGCUCUUAAAAAUUAUACCCAGCUGAAGAGUGAAGACCAACCACUUUCACUAUAUAUGGGACUGUAAGUUGUUCCAGCUCAUUGUUACAAUUAUCUUCUGCUUCUGUAAAGACUAAAGAGCUGCAUAUUGACAUGCCACUGCCUGAAGAAAAUCUUAAGCCAUUGUACAUGUUUAGUUGCUUACCUUUUCUUGGUGGCGUUGUUGAGAUAGAAGCUGUUCACAAAUAUUGAUAUAGCUUUUACAUUUUCUUAAUAACGAAUUUCAUUUAUA